AUGCGGGAGGGGGGGCCAGCUAGCUACAGAGUUGCUGCUAGCGGGGUGGCGCUAGCUGCUGCUGCUGCUGCUGCUGCUGCACCUGCUGCUGCUGCUGCUGCUGCUGCUUGCGGCAUUCAAAAGAAACUCAAACUUGUCGGAGAGACUAAAAGCAUUAAAAAGAAAACUGCUUUUGUCAAGGGGAUGUUCAACUCCCACUUGGAAGUCAACAGGUGCCUUGGAGCAAAGAUUCAAACAGUUUCUGGAAUAAGAGGCCAAAUUAAAAAGGCAAUUGGAACUGACGGAACUUUUAGAGCUUCUUUCGAAGACAAAGUCCUCAAGUCCGAUCUCAUUCUUUGCAAGACUUGGGUCUUGGUGUGUCCGCAUGCGUUUUACAACCCGGUGUUGGACCUUCCGGGCUGGCGGGGUUUGCGUCUUUUGUCGGAAAUAAAAAAAGAGAAAAAAAUAAUUUCAAAACAAAAGGAGACACUUUUCCAUUCUUUUGGAAAGGCCCCCAGGAAGCAGCACUCCUUCUUCCCCAUCCGGAUCCCCAAACAACUUGCUGCCAAACUCCCCCUCCACUCCAGGCUCAAGCUGCAGCAGGGGCGGCGAGUGGGGAAGCAGCAGCAGCAAAAAGAAAGAGACAUGAAGAAAGCUUUUGUGUCUCCAAAUGAGCGGCGUGCUGCAGUGCUGCUGCAGCAGCUGGAGACUCUGAAGCGGCACAGAGACAAGCGGCGGCAGCAGCAGCAGCAGCAAAAGGCCCGCCUCAAGCAGCAGCAAACUGACAAGCUGCAGCAGCAGCAGCAGCAGCAGCAAAAGGAACGCCAAAAAAGGAGACACUCCAAACAGGGCAAAAUCGAGGCCAGCAUGCGAAAGCGCCUCCGCCUUGACCCAGCCAACACCUCUUAG